AUGAGAGAGACGGCGCAAAUUCCGGUACCAAGCAAAGACCCUGCAGUCAAAGAUGACCAGAAACCUAUCGCUGCUAAGUCUAUUAACCCCGCCGAAGAUGCGCCCGCCGACGAGGAGCUUUCACAAGAAGAUCGUAAACUGAAAGAAGAUCUAGAAAUGGCUGUGAAUCGUAUCUGUGACGAGAAGGAAGAGGUCGGCGUCAAGCAGUUGGCGCUGGAGCUGCUACGGCGUGAGAUCCGAACAGCCACAUCGUCCAUGACGUCGGUGCCCAAGCCAUUGAAGUUCUUGCGACCUUCGUACGACAAACUUAAGACAGCCUUCGAGAGCUUUCAAGAUGGAGACGCCAAGAAACUCAUGGCUGAUGUGCUGUCGGUGCUGGCGAUGACCAUGGCCAAGGAGGGCUCUCGUGAAAGUCUCAAGUUUAAACUACUGGGCAACAGCAUAGAACUAAGCUCAUGGGGUCACGAGUUUGUGCGUGCAUUGACUGGAGAAGUGGGUGAAGAAUAUAACGCUCGGAUUACAGCAGUAGAUGCAGUGGACCCGAAUGUGAACGACCUACUGGAGAUUGUGGACGCCAUCGUGCCGUUCCACAUGCAGCACAAUGCGGAGCCGGAGGCUAUUGACAUUUUGAUUGAAGUACAGCAGCUCUCGAACUUGUUACAGUGUCCGGAUAUUGACGAGAAGAACUAUCAGAGAGUUUGUCUCUAUCUCUUGUCAUGUGCUGACUACAUGUCUGAUGCUGAUGAUUUGGUAAAUCUGCUUAACACUGCGUACUCGCUGUUCCUGCGUCUGGAGCAGUACCCGGAUGCACUUCGUGUAGCGCUCCGUGUCAGCAACGAUAAUUUUGUUGCCGAGGUUUUUCAGAAGUGCAAGGAUGACGUCGUGAGGAACCAAAUGGGGUACAUCUUAGGUCGUCAGCGUUGUUUUUACGAAGACGAGAGUGAGGCGUCUGUGAAUGAGAUUAUUGGCAAUUCGGACUUGAAUGACAAGUUCCUAGCACUUGCUCGUGACCUUGAUGUCAUGGAGGCCAAAACACCUGAGGACAUUUACAAGUCGCACCUGUCGGAGACGGCUAGUGUGGGUCGAGGUCGUGACUCUGGGUCUCAGCCUGCAGACUCAGCACGUGCUAACUUGGCGUCGACGUUUGUCAACGCUCUAGUGAACGCCGGCUACGGAACGGACAAGCUUAUGACCCCGGAGGGCAACACGUGGCUGUAUAAAAACAAGAAGCAUGGUAUGAUGAGCGCGGCUGCGUCAUUGGGUAUGAUCAUGCUUUGGAAUGUUGAAGAGGGCAUCACGCAAAUUGACAAGUACCUUUACUCUGGCGAUGAAUACGUCAAAGCCGGCGCUAUCCUUGGCGUUGGUGUUGUCAGCGCUGGUAUUCGUAAUGACUGCGACCCUGCUCUUGCGCUGUUGUCUGAGCACAUUGACUCGGGCAACUGCUCCAUUCGCUGCGCUUCCUGCUUGGGUUUGGGCAUUGCAUACGCCGGAUCGGCGCGUGAAGAUGUGUCUGAGCUGCUGAUUCCGGUGGUUUCACAUGCUGACGAAAACGCUGAUAUUCAAGAGGUGUCAUACGCGGCGCUGGCGCUCGGCAUGGUUGAAGUGGGUACUUGUGACGAAGAGGCUGGAAGUGUGCUGAUGCAACGACUGAUGGAGAGCUCAGACGCAGAGCUAGACUCAUCAUGCGCGCGUUUCCUUGCUCUUGGGCUUGGUCUGCUAUAUCUUGGCCGCCAGGAGCGUGUGGAGGCUAUGCUGGAAGCUGCAAAGACCAUCGAGCAUAAGAUGUCUAAAUACUUGGCUAUCACGCUGGAAACGUGUGCAUAUGCUGGAUCGGGCAACGUGCUGAAGGUUCAACAGCUUCUGCGAACUUGCGCAGAACACAUUGAGGACCCUAUGGAGGCGCAACAUCAGGGUGUCGCCGUGCUCGGUAUUGCUCUGAUCACGAUGGGCGAAAAUAUUGGCAGUGAAAUGGCGAUGCGAUCGUUUGACCACUUGUUGCAGUACGGUGAAGUGGUAGUACGCCGUGCAGUGUCUCUAGCAUUUGCUCUGUUGAGCGUGUCUAAUCCGGAGUACGCACUGAUCGACACGCUGUCGCGCCUUACACACGAUGUUGACUCAGGUGUCGCUCAGAAUGCCAUUCUUGCUCUCGGCCUAGUGUCAGCCGGCACAAACAACUCGCGCGUGGCUGGUUUGCUUCGUCAAUUGUCAGAGUUCUACAACCGCGAGGCAAACCAUCUUUUCGUUGUUCGAAUUGCUCAAGGUUUGCUACACUUGGGUAAGGGUCUCAUGACCCUGCACCCAUUCCACUCAGACCGGUUGGUCAUGUCGUGUGUGGCCGUCAGUGGUUUGCUGACAAUUCUUCACGCUUCGCUAGAUAUGGAGCACACUAUUUUGGACACUUCCCACUAUAUUCUCUACUGUAUCGCCACAGCAAUGCAGCCCCGAAUGCUAAUUACGCUAGACGAAGAGCUGAAUCCGCUUCCAGUAUCUGUCAGAGUUGGCCAGGCGGUUGAAAUUGUGGGCCAAGCCGGUCGCCCAAAGUCUAUUACGGGUUUCCAGACGCACACGACACCUGUGCUGCUUAAUGUAAAGGACCGCGCGGAGCUCGCGACCGAAGAGUACCUUCCGCUCACGAACGUGCUAGAAGGCGUUGUUAUCCUCCGAAAAAACCCGGACUAUGAAGCGGAGACUUAA